CGCUGCUGCUGUGUCCGGAAAUGCGUGUCCUGAGAGUCAUGGCGGAUGUGAGGGGGUCUGGGCUCUGUGGUUUGUGUUAUUAUUAUUAUGGGAUAGUUCUGCUUUGUUUUUAUAGCGCUCUGUUUUCCUGCACUCUGAGCUCCGAGCAGGACGCGUUCCGCGCCGGGAAUCCCACCGGGGCUCCGGUAGCGGCGGCAGCUCGGGAUAUUCGCUACCUCCUUUAUGACGUGAACCCUCCAGAGGGUUUUAAUCUGCGGCGGGAUGUGUACAUCCGCAUGGCAUCUCUGGUGAAGACCCUGAGAAAGCAGGGGGACUGGGUGCUGGUGCUGCCACCAUGGGGUCGCCUGUACCACUGGAAAAGCUCUGACGUCCACCAGCUGCGGAUUCCCUGGGCUGAAUUCUUUAGUCUGAAUAGCCUGCAGGCCAAUGUGCCGGUUAUAGAAUAUGAAGAAUUCAUAGCUGAGUCUGGUGGGCCGUUCAUUGAUCAGGUGCUGGUACUGCAGAACUAUGCUGAAGGCUGGACUGAGGGGAAAUGGGAGGAAAAAGUGGACGAGCGACCCUGUAUUGAGCGCCUCAUGUACACAAAAGACAAACAAGGCUACUACAGAGGCUGGUUCUGGGGUUAUGAGGAGACCCGUGCACUGAAUGUGAGCUGUAUAUCUGCUCAGGGCCAUGCUUCCAUACUCGCUCCUUUUCUACAGGAAAACAUCACAGCCAUCUCUGUGUUGUUGGACAGAGCCGAGACUGUCCUCCAUGAUCAUUAUGCUGGGAAAGACUACUGGGAUACACGGCGCAGUAUGGUAUUUGCCAAGCACCUUCGCAUGAUUGGAGACCAGUUCAGAGCCAAGUACCUCAACUCUACUGAUGAGCAGGACCAUACGCCAUACAGCGAGGACUGGACACGUAUGAAGGCCAAGCUGGGCAGUGCUAAAGGAGGGCCGUACCUGGGAGUCCACCUGCGGAGGAGUGACUUCAUCUGGGGUCACCGUGACGACGUGCCCAGCCUGAAGGGAGCGGUCAAGAAGAUCCGCAGCUUAAUGAAGAAGAACAAGCUGGACAAGGUGUUUAUCGCCACUGAUGCUGAUGAAGAAGAGGUUGCCAAGCUGAGAAAAAUGUUACCUGAGAUGAUACGAUAUGAGCCGAGCCCAGAGGACCUGGAGCUUUUGAAAGAUGGCGGAGUCGCUAUCAUAGAUCAGUGGAUCUGCGCCCACGCCAGGUUUUUUAUUGGGACAUCAGUUUCAACCUUUUCCUUCCGGAUCCACGAGGAACGAGAGAUCAUGGGUUUUGACCCCAAAACCACCUAUAACCGCUUCUGUGGAGAUUUAGAGAAGGAAUGUGAACAGCCUACACACUGGAAGAUAGUGUACUGACAGCCCUUAUGAUGAUGCAAAGUGCCAAGAAAACGACAGCUUUCUACAGUGCCAUGUUGGGUUCUGUUACAUUUCAGGUGCAAGAGAAGGAUUUUAGUUGAGACUCGUUAAAGAAAACAUAUAUUUACAGAUGCUAUUCUUGUGAUUCUGAAUCAGACUGUGUUUAUUUUUUAUUAAGAAUGCCAAAAGGUUUAUAUAUAUAUAUA